AGGGUUAUGUCCCGGCUAUACCUUCGUCGCCACACCCAACACGUUCGAUGCAACGGAGAAGAAGAUAAUCGGGGGCCAGAAAGUCGAUAUGGCCUUGUACCGCAACGAUGACCAGCCUAAGGCUGUCGAAGGCAAACCGCUUCGACCUCGAUGGGAUCGUAUGGCGCUUUACAUUGAGUUCAAGAGUUACGGGAACUCUGUCAAGUGCGAUCCGUUCGAUGAUCGUACCACACAUCCCAAUGAAAAUCCCGCUGCCGGUCGGGAAAGCGCAAGGGGACAAUUAAUCGCUUAUGCCGCUGCGAUGUUCGCCCGUCAGCAGCGCACUCAUGGGUUCUCGAUCAUUAUCCUUGGGGAAUACGCUCGGAUUAUACGAUGGGACCGCGCGGGCGCUGUAUUCACCGAAAGGCUCAACUAUGUUGCGCGUCCCGAGAAACUCGCGAUGUUCCUUUGGCACUUCGCUCACCUGGACCGUCGGCAACAAGGUUACGACGACACUGCGGAGCUGAUUGAGGAGGACUCGCGUCUGCACAACAUGAUGAAGAAAAAAAUCGCAGACGGGAGCAAGAUGAGUGCAAAAGACAAAGACCUCCCGGAAGCCUACGUACUGGAAUAUUUCAAGGACUCAUCCUCGGGGGCCACUUCGGGCCCGACAAGACCUCGAUACUUCCUCGUCGGCAGACCUCACUUCACUGCGCCUGGGAUGACAGGCCGUGCCACACGGGGCUACGUCGCGCUGGACGAAGAGAGCAAUGAGCUCGUAUACCUUAAAGACUGCUGGCGUGUGGACCUCCCGGACAUGACGAGAGAAGGCGACGUCAUACAGCUUAUGAACAACGAAGGGGUGCAAUGUGUUCCCACGUUAGUGUGUCACGGGGACGUAAAGGGACAAUGUACAUCGACCCAAAAGCACUGGUCUAGGGACGCGGGCAAACCCAACCCAUUCAGGCCCCAUCAACAUUACCGACUAGUGGUGCAAGAGGUUGGCUGUCCUCUCUCAGACUUCAAGCACUCUGAGGAAUUGAUCCAAGUUAUUACUGAGUGUAUAACGGGACACGCCGACGCCUUUGUAAAGGCGAAAAUUCUUCAUAGAGACAUCAGCGCCGGAAACAUCCUAAUCCUCCGAACGACGGUGGACGACCAGGGGCAAACAUCUGUUGUCACCCAAGGUCUCUUGAACGAUUGGGAUUUGUCGAAAAGCGUGGCCAGCAAUAAUGACGGACCGAGGCAGCCUGAUCGUACGGGCACCUGGCAAUUCAUGUCAGGGUACCUCCUCCAAACACCCUGGAAGUCGCACGACCUCCAGGAUGACCUCGAGUCUUUUAUGCACGUUCUGAUUUACGAGGCCGUACGCUAUUUGUCUCAUAAUUGCACGGACGUGGGGGGAUUCGUCUGGCAUUUCUUUGAC